AUAACGGGGUAUACAACUAAAAUCUGAGUUAAUACUUGCACACCCAGUAGAUUGAAUCGUUUAACAGCGGCGGCAUAAGAAAAAAAUUGUAAAAAGAUUAUUUAAGAAUCUUUGAAGAAAAAUAUAAAUCAAGUUCAUCAUGUCUUACAAAACUAAUCCAAAAGUGCAGAAGGUGAUGGUCCAACCCAUCAACCUUAUUUUCCGAUACCUUCAAAACCGCUCACGAGUCUGUGUCUGGAUCUUUGAGAAUGUAAAUCUUCGAAUUGAAGGAGCAAUUGUAGGAUUCGACGAAUACAUGAACCUCGUUCUUGAUGAUGCUGAAGAAUACAAUGUCAAAACAAUCUCAAAACGCAGAAACCUCGGUCGUAUCAUGUUAAAAGGCGACAAUAUUUGUCUGAUCCAACAGGCAUCAGGAGGAAAAUAAUUUCUCCUUUAUCACUAUAACUUCUUAACUUAAGCUUCAAUUUUAUAAGAAAAAUAAAUUUUUAAAAAUAACAACAACAUGUUUUAUGGAA